AUGGCCCGACAGGCCGGCGCUGCGAAGCGCAGGGGGAAGGUGAUUCGGUGUGUUUUUCCAGAUGGGCGUGAGGAAGUCCGCUUUGCGGCCUUGGACCUCAAAGGAGGUUCCCUCGAUCUCCUCGAAGUCCGCAUCGGUGACGACGAGAAGGUGCUGCUUGGCAAAGCGAAGCACAUUAGCUUCGGCGUCGUGGGCGCAGCAGAUGCAGAUGGGAAUGUUGUCAGGAUCUUCGACCAGGCUCCCAACGCUGGAGUUCUGGUUCAGAUGACCUUCUCCCAAGGCCCGGGCGCUGCAAGAGCAUGGGCCGACUUCAUCAACCAGGCCCGGCAAGCUGACGCCUCCAAGUUGUCCAAAGAGGCGGCAGAAGGAGGUGCGCCGCAGCUGAGGGAUGUGGUUGACAAGCAGGAAGAGCAGGUCCAGCUCCUCGAGGCCCUGGUGCAGCGGAAGGGUGAGCAGCUGCUGCAGCUCCAAGAGCACCUCGAGGCCGGUACUGGCAAUGACAAGGACUUGGUCAACAAGGAUGGCACAACACCACUGCGCUUGCCAAGAGACUUGGCCGGCAAUGCCGGCUAA